AUGGAGGAUAUAGGAUUGGUUAAGCAAGGUUGGAAAUGGGUUCAGUCUCAGAAACAUUUGUGCUCAUGGGUUUGCGAUGCAAUGCGAUGUUUUGGUGAAAAGACCGAAGCUAUAGCAGAGCGUCACUGGCCCCUAGUGUGUAGUGGAUGUGGGAAGCUAUUAGGGUUGCUUAGUUUAUCCUUUGUUUACUGGAAAGACUGUAUUUUGAGGGGUUUCCAGUCCAGUGCCAAAUUUGGUUCAGCUGCUUUGCUCCUGAUAAUGUGGAGUUGUUUCCUUAGCCUGACUUCAAUAGCUUGCUUGGUUUAUGUUCUGCUCGGUAUGGGAGCUGCUGGUGCUGUCGUCUUGUACUUAGGUUGUACUCCUGGGAUCUUCAUUGUAGGACUAUUUGGAAUUUUGAUUUUGUGGAUGUACGCUAACUUUUGGAUCACUGGAACAUUAUUUAUAGUUGGAGGUUAUUUGUUCUCCUUGAAUCACGCGCGGGUGGUGGUUCUUUUGGCAACAGUGUAUGGAAUGUACUGUGUCAAAGUUAGACUUGGGUGGCCUGGAGUUAUUCUCUCGAUGAAUCUUGCAUUCUUGUCCAACGAUAUAUUUAUUUGUCUUCUUCAAUGGUGUGAUAGUGCUAGUGAAAAAACACAAACAGAAGAGCCAAAGAAACCUGAAACUGUAAUAGAAGAAGAGUUUCCAGGAGAGUUUGAGUAUUCUUCUGUUCCUGUUGAAGAACCAGAGAAAAAAGUUCAUGAGAAUAAGUCAGCCAAUAAGUCAGCAUCACCGGCAACUGUUGUUAGCAACUUGAAGGAGGUUUCUAAUGUUAAGGUAGUCAAUAUAGAAACAGAAUCAACUGAUGAGAUGAAAAGAAUACUGCAUAGUUUGAAUCACUAUGAAGCAUUGGGGUUCCCUCGGCAUAAAAAGAUUGAUGCCGCGGUGCUUAAGAAAGAGUAUAGAAAAAAGGCAAUGCUGGUUCAUCCGGAUAAGAAUAGGGGAAGUCCUUUGGCAAGUGAAUCAUUCAAGAAACUUCAAUGUGCUUAUGAGGUCCUUUCUGAUUCUAGUAAGAGGAGAGAUUAUGAUGAGCAGUUAAAGAAGGAAGAAUCUAGGACUAGGAGUGUCUGUCAGACAUCACAUGCUUCUUCAGAUCCGAAUAGUCCCAAUUAUCGAUCAGAAGAGUCAAGGCGCAUACAUUGUACGAAAUGCGGUAAUUCACACAUUUGGGUAUGUACCAACAGGAGUAAGGCAAAGGCCAGAUGGUGUCAGGAUUGCGGUCAACAUCAUCAAGCCAAAGAUGGUGACGGAUGGGUCGAACAUAAAGGGAAUCUGGUAUUCGAUAAAGCACAUAAGAUUGAAAUACCACGCGCUUUUGUUUGCGCGGAGAGCAAGAUCUUUGACGUUUCAGAAUGGGCUAUUUGUCAGGGAAUGGCGUGUAGACCAAACACACAUAGACCAAGUUUCCAUGUGAACAUGGUUGGUUUGGAAAAGACAACGCAGAGAUCAAACUCGAGCAGGUUCCCAUGGGAUCUUGACGUGGAGAUGAUGGACGAGGAUGAGGAAGAGUUUGAGCUGUGGCUUCAACAAGCUCUAGCUUCUGGUCUCUUCUGCGAGACAUCGAAGCAACGCAGAAAAAGCUGGAGCCCUUUCAAGCUAAGCAAGAAACAAUCGAGAAGAACAUCGACUUGA